UGAUGUGAUCUAUAUAGAGGAUUACUACUCCCAUCUGACAAAGACAAACAAAAAAGCUCUAGAGAAGCCAUGAGAGUAGCAGCUCACUCCAAUCGUUUCUGGUUCCUUCUCUUCAUCCUCUUCUUCUCCAUCUCCCUCUCCUCCAUUUAUGGAUCCGAAGAUGAUUGUGUGUACACUGCAUACAUCCGAACUGGAAAAAUCAUAAAAGGCGGAACCGAUUCGAUUAUCAGUUUAACUCUGUACGAUGCAAACGGAUAUGGUAUUCGAAUCAACAACCUUGAGACUUGGGGUGGGAUUAUGGGCCCGGGUUACAACUAUUUCGAGAGAGGAAAUUUGGAUAUCUUCAGUGGCCGAGGCCCAUGUUUGACGGCGCCGAUCUGCAAAAUGAACUUGACUUCCGAUGGAACAGGUUCAGGCCAUGGAUGGUACUGUAACUACGUUGAGGUCACCGUCACCGGAAUCCAUAAGAAAUGCAGCCAACAGUAUUUCGAAGUGGAGCAAUGGCUCGCAACUGAUACGUCGCCUUAUGAGCUCACUGCCAUUAGAGAUCUAUGUAAGAAGACCAAGUUUGAUGACCGUCGGCCGGUUACCGAAACUGAAUCCAUUCCACAAGUUUCUGUUAUUUAACAUACUUUUCUGUUUUACCCUUGUGAGUGUGAAAUUUAUCAGGGACAAGAAUGGUAUUUCAAGAGUGUCAUUGAUGAUUUAAUUUGAUGUAGUGUGAUUAUUGUGCGCUGGAAUAACAAAGGAGCCUUUUUAAUUUUGUGAA